GAGGCAGCACCAGUUCCCCUGCACUCUCUCAACCUGCAGGUUGCACUCCCUCACACACACACACACAUAUACACACACACUGACUGGAUCACACACACUUUUUUUGUGUCGGAGCAGUUUUUGGACAAAAAUGAGGACCAUUCUGGUAUGUGCCACGCUCGUACUCGCAGCCACCUGCCUUGCAGCGGACUUCCCGGGCAAUUCAUACCAAAGAUGGGACGCAAGAGGACCCCACACUUUGGGAGCGGACCCAGGCACCCCAGCCUCCUGUGCCAUAAAACUGAGACCGUCAGGCCAAUGUGGGGGAUCCGGGACCGCAUCGGAGGAAGGGAAUGAGGAGUGCCCCUAUCAGGUGACCCUGCCCCCUCUCACUAUUCAGCUGCCCAAGCAGUUUAAGCUGCUGGAGAAGACGAUGAAGGAGCUGCAGAGCCUGAAGGAGGUGGUGAACAAAUUGAAGAGCAGCUGCCAGGAUUGCCGCGGGACGCGGGGAAGCGGAGUCUACGGACAUCAGCAAGCGGACCAGGGACAAAAAGCGAGUGAUGUGGCAGGGCUGGAAGCGCAAAGCGGGUCCAGCCAAGAGGAGAGGGACAAUGUGAUGGUUUCUGGAGCUUCUGUUGAAGAACAUGGACCUAAUUUUGGGAAAAUGACACCUGGUCCAAGCAGCAUGCAGGAGAUGCAGGUGAAGAUGAACAGGAUGUCGGUGAGCCUGCGCAAUGCCAGGAACCAGAUCACGUCCCUGCAAGGUCGCAUGGAGGCACUCAACCUCCUCAACAUGGACAACGUGCAAGCCAUGGUGGACAGACGUGUGGAGAACAUCAGCGGAGUGGUCAACAAGCUGAGCUCCACCUGCACCACACAAUGUGCAAUGCAGAAUACGCCACAGUUCAUCUUAGCCCCCAGAGACUGUUCUGACUACAAUGUGCUGGAGACCCGGAAGAAUGGGGUGUACCGUGUGACUCCCGAUCCACGUAACGGGACCUUUGAUGUCUUUUGCGACAUGGAGUCCUUCGGAGGCGGCUGGACGGUGAUACAGCAGCGGCUUGACGGCUCCGUCAGCUUCAACCGUACCUGGACUGAAUAUAAGAAGGGCUUCGGAAACCUCAGAGGUGAGUUCUGGCUGGGCAAUGACCACAUCCAUCUGCUGACAAAAGCCAAAGACAUGACGCUGCGGAUCGAGCUGGAGGACUUUGAGGGUGUGCGGGAGUAUGCCAAAUAUGACCAGUUCUACGUGGCCAAUGAGUUCCUGCGAUUCAGGCUGUCCAUCAGCGGAUACAGUGGGACAGCCGGGAACGCCAUCAGCUUCAACAAGCACUUCAACCACGAUCAAAAGUUCUUCUCCACCCCCGACCGCGACAACGACAUGUACCCCUCGGGAAACUGCGGCACCUACUACAGUUCCGGCUGGUGGUUCGACGCCUGCAUGUCAGCCAACCUCAACGGCAAGUACUACCACAAGAGAUACAAGGGUGUCCGGAAUGGGAUCUUCUGGGGGACAUGGCCUAACAUGUCCACGGAGUACUACCCGACCAACUACAGGCAGGCCUUCAAGACAGUCAAGAUGAUGAUAAGGCCCAAGAAUUAUGCUCCUUAAGGCGAUGGGGGAAAAAAAAUGGAUGGACAUAAGCAUAGAACCAGAAACAUGCACAUACUUACCGACAAACCGUACACAAGCCUGAAUGCAGUCCAAACAAAACCUAAAGCCCUGUGGCGAGCAUAGCCUUCACAAUGUUGAAUUAAAACCACCAUAAAGAACAAUGGACUGGAUAACACAAGCCGUGUAAAAGCUAGCCUCCUCGCGGGGCCAUUAUAUCCAACGGGGUGUCACUAUGGAGGAUUUUUCCACUGGUUCUCUGUCAAUAUCCUUCUUCCAGCUUAGACUCAGCUCAGCGCACAGAAGUAGUUAAACUAAUGAGCUAUCAUUUAGCCCCACUCAUAAUUAACAACAGCUAUUCAAGUGGAGCUCCCUUUUUGAGUGGCAGCAAUACCACACAUUUUGAGCCACAGUGCACAAGUAAUAGCUUCUUUGUUGUUGCUGUUUUUAAUUCAAUUCAACUCAUCACCCUAUACAAUAUGAACAAUUCCUGCAUAAAUAGGCUACACGUUGUGCAUUAUUGAUGAUUUCCGAGACAGGAAAAAAAAAGACUGUUCGUUGUUUUGUUUUUCUAUUGGAGUAAUGAUCUACUGUACUACUUGUACAAUACCGCCUCCCAGUGUCAGACAACUGUAUUGCAUCAUUGCGCUCCUUCUUCCACACACUGUGAAUGGGCAGAAUGCAGGAGAGAUUAAUUUUUUGCUUCCAUUUUAAGGACGUGUACAGUAUUUAUUCUCAUUUUGUGAGGUUUGAUAGAAUUUCCAUGUGCAGGAGUCAUACAAAACAAGGUCUAAUAGUAAUAAAUAUUGAUAAUGAUGUUAAUAUUUGGGCAAUGAAAAACAUUGUGCAUCAUUGUGGCCAUUCGUAGAAGUAAUGAUGAGCGUGUGGGGCUUUGUUGUGUGUAUGUACAAUAUCUUUUCUAUCAUUCAUACUCAUUGUCAACCCAAAGGAUAUGCACUUUUUAUAUUUAAAAAAAUAAAGUUCAAUUUAAAUGGCUGUGUGUGCUGGCUUUUUUAAAAGCUAAUUUUUAAAGAGAUACACU